GUUACGCUGGGUGAUUCUGGACUUCUCGGCUCUUUCGCGUGUGCGAUGUGUCAAGUUGACACAUGUUUCUUAAAAUGAAUUAUCAUAUCUACCUAAUAUCGUUGUGAUAAUUUGGUGAUGAAAAUUCUUUAGUCGGUAUGGAUUAUUAUAAUAACACGGAUAAUUUUUACGAUCUACCAUCGGAAACAUGUGUUCCGGCCCGAAAGUUCAAUGUAACAAUAAUACCAGAUUUUUAUGCUGGCAUACCAGCCAAUUUAUUGUUAAAUUUCAUAGGUUUUAUGUUUUUGGUAAUUUUGUUUGGUUUGCUGCGUAAAAAAGCUUGGAAUUAUGGAAGACUCGCUCUCUUGCAUAAAACUGACAACAGAUGGAUGGAAUUGUUCUAUGGGGACAAUGAGGAAAAAGAAGCGGAUGUUUCUGCUAUUGAGGCCUCUGCCAAUGCUCAAUUGGCUCACAUAGAUAGAGGUUUUUUAACUUGGAUAGUAACUGCCUUUAAAGUCACUGACGCUGAACUACUGAGACGAGCCGGACCAGAUGGCUUGCUGUACAUUUCUUUUGAACGUCAUCUGAUUCUGCUAACAGCUAUGAUGACAUUGGUUUCACUGUGCGUUGCCUUACCCAUUAAUUUAAGCGGCCAGAUGCAGGGUGCAAAUGCAACCUUCAGUCACACGACUCUCUCCAAUUUAGAUCCCUCGUCUUCCUGGAUCUGGGUCUAUUCUGUUUUGAUAUUAUUAUAUUUACCUGCUGGUGCUUUUGUCAUGCGACGAUUUCUGAAACAGGUCCGAGACGCCAGACCAGCUGGUGAAUUAGCAGCAAGAACGUUGUUAAUAACGGAAAUUCCGAAGCAUCAAUGCGAUGCGAACAGCCUCAUGGAAUACUUCAAAGAAGCUUUUCCUACACUCUCGGUCGAAGAUGUCACACUGGCUCACGACAUUAAAAGAUUAUCAGCGCUAGACGCACAGAGGGAUUGCGCUGAACAGGCGAGACUUUAUUGCGAAAGUUACAAUAAGAGAAAAGAACGAUUACAGAUGUAUCCGUACCCUUGCGGCCAAGUCAUAGGUUGCUGUUGCAAAACGGUCGAUGCUGAAGAAUUUUACACGGCUGAGGAAAUUCGGUUAACGGCAAUGGUCAAGGAAGAACGAGCCGCUGCUCUAAGUCGACCUUUGGGAGUUGCAUUCGUCACACUCGGCACUCCAGGCGCAGCGAGAACAAUGCGACGACAAUUGCGGUCGGCGCCAACCAUAAAGUGGACCGUCGAUUACGCACCGGCGCCUUCUGACAUAUUUUGGGAAAAUUUAAACGUACCACGUCCUUGCUGGUAUUUCAAUGCUAUAUUUAUUAAUUUAGCACUUGGAAUAACUCUGUUUUUCCUGACAACUCCGGCAGUUAUUGUGGCGACAAUGAAUAAAAUACCAAUAAGUACCGGUGACGUCGUGAAUCACAACAGCGUUCUGUUCACCUUUUUGCCGACCUUACAACUCGUCACUAUCGCGGCACUCAUGCCCGCUCUUGUUGGGAGAAGCGAAGCUCUUGUAAGGCACUGGACAAGAAGCGGCCUGAAUCGGGCUGUAAUGAGAAAAACUUUGCUCCUGCUGCUUCUCAUGGUUCUUAUACUUCCGAGUCUUGGUCUGACCAGUGCUCAAGCAUUUUUCGAAUGGACCGUCACUCCCGGGAACAAAACUGGGAGAUGGGAAUGCGUCUUUUUGGCUGAUAAGGGCGCUCUUUUCGUGAAUUACGUUAUAACUGCGUCGUUGUUAGGAAGCGGAUUAGAAUUAAUGAGAUUUUCGGAACUGGCACUGUACACUUUUCGGCUUUGCAUAGCUCGAAGUCGAGCUGAACGUGUGCAUGUGAGAAAAGCUGUUUUAUGGGAAUUUCCAUUGGGUGCUCAUUACGCUUGGUUGCUUCUCGUGUUCACGAUGACAACGGUUUACAGUCUUGCGUGCCCUUUGAUCACGCCUUUUGGACUGCUGUAUCUAUCGGUGAAGCAUUUGGUUGAUCGCCACAAUUUGUGUUUCGCUUAUGGACCGAGCGUGGGUGGUGGGCAGUUAGCAGGAGCUGCUGCGAAUGCAGCAGGAGCAGCUCCAGUACUCGGACAAGCUGCAUUUUUAGCUCUUGGUCUUGUUAGAAAAGGUUUAUCGCCAUUAGCAGCUCUCCAGCUCAGUGGUUUUGCAGCUAGCAUUUUAGGCCUCGUAACUGGAGCAACUCUACCAGCUUCGAAGCCUAAAGGUCAAGUGCCUCGACGAGAUUUAACCACCAGUCAAAACUUUAUAGCUCCAGUAUUGAGAAAAAAAAUAGGCACUUUGCCGACCGAAGAAACAAUAUCGAUCAACUCAAACACUCCGUCAACGACAACCACGACGACACAAGCUCUCAGCAGAAGUCCAUCUGUUCACGACAGCCCAAAGUUGUACCAAGACUAUGGACGAGACGUUCACACUUAAUUGUCGAAAUACAAGCGAGAGAUUCAUUCACAAUGAGAAUACGAUAACAUCAAUUGAUUAUUCUCGAUUGAAGGAUUCUCGCUGCACUAACAAUAAUCCGAUAAAAUACAUUCGAAUUUUUGUGUGGGUUUUGCUUUAUGAAAUUGAAGAUCUUCUACAUGGCUGUUACGUUCUUACAGUUUUAAAUUUCAAUGAACAGAGAAAAAGAUGGUACGUUUGAAACAAAGUGUUUUUUGGCUUAGUCCUAUGUGAUUUUUCCUGUAUAAAUACAUUUGGUACUCUAUGAAUAUGUGAAAUAAGUGUAACGUUAGAUACUAUGUCAUAGUAUACUUGUAAUUAUGAAUCCGAGGAGCAAAAUGGUUUUACAACAGCACGAGCUUACCCAUCGAUAUCGUGAGAUCGUCGAUUAUUGUAUGCACGAGUGAUUCCUUUGUACAGUAAAUGCCGCCAAUGUAUUUUUUAAGUAAUAUAUAUAUAUAUCUUGCGUUAAAUAUUCGAUGACACGUCAAUUUUUUCUUUAUCUAUUGUUGUAAAUGAAUGUGUGAAAAAAAGAAAGAAAACUUAUCGGCCAACUUAUUUGGCUGUUGUAUUAUUUCGUGUGUAUAAAGGAUAAACAAAAUAUUCGAUUCGACCACUA